AUGGCACCGAGGACUAAAGAGUUCCUUUCUCUGAUGCUUCUCAUUGUGUGGGGAAGUUAUGUGAGUGCGGGUAGAAAAUUAUUAACCGAUAGCCCAAAAGUAGAAGAGGAAGGGUCUUCAAGUCCAAAGACUAUCACCUUCUUUAUGCACCACAUAACGGGAGGACCCAACCCAACUGCCAAUCCUGGACUUGGACUUGGAGGAUUUCCCAUUGGCAGUGGUAAUGCCAUCUCUGGCCUGCCAAACCAGCUUGGAAAUAACAUCAACUUCAAUGGCAUUGGGAAUAAGGUUGGGAAUGGGAAUGGUCCUCUCCCGUUAACCAUUCCAAGCGGAGCCAUCAACAAUUCUCCUUUCUUUGGCCAGCUGCCCAUCUCUUCCACCAACGGAGUAGUGCAGGGCAUAGGUUCGCUCAUUCCUGCCCUUGGCUUUAAUGCACCUGGGUUGGGCCUUCAGAACUCUUUUCCCAACACAAAUAUCAUUAAUGGCGGUCUAAAUCCUCAGAAUUCUCUUGGAGGGGUCUCGGGUAUUCCGCUGACUAAUGUGGUUGUGAUUGAGGACACCCUGACAGAAGGGCCUGAUCUACACUCCUCUGAUGUGCUUGGACAGGCGGAGGGAUAUUAUUAUCACUUGCCCAACCCAGCUGAAGAGGAAGAUCCCAAUACAUUGUUGCUCGCUUUUACUGCCAAAUUUGAAGGUUCUGAAUACGAAGGCAGCAGCAUUGAAUUCUCAGGCAAAGACAACAUUGCGUUGCCACACAGGGAGAUCGAAGUAGUGGGAGGGAGCGGGGUGUUCCACGACGCUCAAGGUCAUGCUCUCAUAGAGACAGUUUCCCAAACAGUCGAUGUGACAGUGCUUAAAUUCACCGUCACUCUUAGCUAUUAA